AAGGACUGUCGUGAUUCCAGGUUCUGGAUUAUGCAAAAAUCCUCCCAUUUGCCGUCGUCGUAUUUCAGUUUCCUUUACAAUAAGUUCAAAGUGCAACUGGAUACUUCGUCAUGCGAUCAAAACAAACCCUACAUAAAAUAAUAAUUCCUAAUCUUACAUAAACAAGAAGAUAAUUUUCUCAAGAUUGAUGUAGAAAUGAAACAUUGCCAUAGUUAAUUGCUUGAAGGUUUUAAAUGCCAUUUAAAUAGGACUUAACUAAUAUUACAAAUAUCUAAAGGCUUCGUAAAAAAUGAAAUUCAAUAUUAUAAAUUUUUUGGGCUUUGAAAAGCCAAAUAAACGGACCAUAUUUCGAAUUUGAUAUCACGAAUCUGCUGCAACCUGGUUGAAAUCGCUUAACUCUUGCCGCUCAGUCUGAAGAAAAAUAUAGCGGAAAAUGGAAAAAAAAUAUAGCGUGAUAGUAACAAAUUACUGUAUCAUUAAUAGUUUUUAUGAAAAUAAUUACUCUUUGAAAAAAUCGGUGACAAACAAGAAUGUUUUGUGAAAAAUCCUAAUUUGCAAAAAUGCUAAUUUCAAUGAAAAAAAAAUAAAACUCUUUUAUGACAAGGCGGUGAUACUGGCAUCCAGUAUAGUUCGUUUCUCGCCAUGUGUAUAAGAUGCUGGUUCAGACACAAUAGAAUAUUUAUGAUACCAUCAUAGGCUCGUUAGAAUUCGGUCGUUUGUAAGCCAAACCAAAAUCGAUUAUACUUGGGUUAUUUACCCUGUCAUAAAUAACCGAUAUCCAAUCCGAACGGUGUACUUUUCCAAGUCGUGUAAUGCGAUAGAAUUUCUUGAAGACACGUUGUUUCAACUUGCCCUACACUUCGCACUUGGAGAAAUACUUUCAGAUGGAACAUUUUGUUAAAUCAGACGACACAUCUGAAAUCGAGUCCUUCAAGCCCGAGGAUUUAAAACAUACCGGCCAGACAUUCACGACUUCAAGGAUGGGUAAAAAAGCAAAAAAUCCUGUCGUUCUUCGUAGCUCCGCAGCUGGUAACAGUAAUGACCAAAGCAGUUCACGAUCUUUACGAAGAAGUCCUAAAAUGCUAAAGCAAAAGACGCGCGAUUCCGACUGCUGUAGUAUUAACUUUAUCAAGUAUUCAUUGCACAUAUUCAAUGCUAUAUUCUUGAUGUCUGGGUUAGCCAUAGUCGGAAUUACAGUUUGGACUAUAUUUUUUAAGCAUCAGUAUAUUUCACUACUAUCUACAACAAACUACACUAUCGGGACGUAUGCUUUGUUGGCAGCUGGAUUGCUAGCAGUUUUCGGUGGUGUUAUUGGUUGUUGUAGUGUGUGGCACGAGCAUCGUGGAAUUUUGUUAUUGUACACAUUUAUUUUGUUGUUUGUGUUCCUCUUGGAAUCUAUCGUGGGCGGCUUAGCUUAUCUUUACGAAACACAAAUUGAAAAUGAAUUACAACAUGGCCUUAAUUCUACUUUUAUGGAUCAUUACGGUGUGAGCGUUCGGCAAACGAAUGCCAUUGAUAACAUGCAGCAAGAGUUUUCCUGCUGUGGAGCAAUACGGUUUGAAGAUUGGCGGUACAGUGUAUGGUUGCGUUCACGACGUAAGGAUUUGAUUAAACCGACAGAGGGACGUUUGGUGCCUGAUUCGUGCUGCAUUACUGUAUCAGCCAAAUGUGGCAUGCGCGAUGGUCCUAGUAAUAUUCACUAUACGGGUUGCAUAUAUGAAAUGACGAAUGAUCUUAAAUACCAUUUGAUAAUACUUGGUGCCAUCGGACUCGGAUUGAGUGUAAUACAGGUGUUUGGGAUGGUUAUGUCCUGCUGCCUUUAUAUUAAACUUAAAGAUGUAUUGGACUGACGAAAACAAGCGGAUGCAAUAGUUGAACUAAUGGAUCCGCUACCGGACAACUUAAGCCUUAUUUAUGGGUAUAACGAUCAGAGAGUAUGACGAGAAAAUCAACUCCCAUGAAUUACGUUACAGUUUUAGAUGUUAGUGAAAGUUCCAGUUCUAAUAAUUUGUUCUAUUAUUAUUAUUGUUAUAGGAAAUGUUAAAAAUACGACAAAAGGAAUGUCUGUUGUAAUUGUUAUAAUUAAAUAGAGAAAAAGUGUAGGAUCAGAAAAAUAUAUUAUUACAAACGGUUUAUAUAGA